UCGUGCCCUCAGAGGAGGGGCGGCCCGGGAGCCCCAAAGUUUCCCCGAAGAUAGUUCUCAGUAGGGCGGCUGGAGUCCCCGUGAGCGAGACCCAGCUCCACGGCCAGGGGCGCCGUGGUCACCGGGGGCGCCACGGUCGCGGCCAGGCGCGGGCGUCCAGGACAGUCACGCUCCGAGGCGGGAGAAGCCCUGGCCCGGGAAGGCGGUUCGGCCGAGAAUGAGUGGUGGCGUCUGGAAGGGCGUUUCAGCGGAGGGGACGCACCGGAGGCCGCCGGUGGCCCUGCCCUGCCCCGCACCGCACCUGGCAGGAGCGUGGGAGGAGGAGCGAAGCGGGCCCGACCCGGAUGCCUGGCCGCCGGCUCCGAUGCUUUAAGUGCGGCGCUCGCGGCUGGGGGAGCGCAGACGGGGCAGGGCCCAGGACGCGGCACACAGUUUUGUGCAGGGUUUCCGGCGUGACACGGACGGUGUGUCCUGGGAAUGGUGUUAUUUUGCUUCUGACCCGUGUGUACGCGGGUCCGCAGGAAACUGGAGUCCCAACAGGUGAUCUGCCGAUUGCCGGCCGUGGGCCGGGCCUUCUCAGGGGCAGCAGGCAGCCGGGGCCCAGAGGUUCCGCGGGAGGGGCGCACUGACAGGCGACGUAGAAACAGGAUGAAAGUCAGAGACUGACUGUCGCGGAGUAAAGACAGGGUGACGGACUCGGAUUGCUGGCGGGCCGGGCCUCGCCGCAGAGGCCGCCUUCCAGCUGAGCAGAGGGAAGGGGCUCCCGUGUGGGCCUGUGCGGGGCGGGGCCGGUGCGCUCCCCCCGCCAGGCUCAGGCUCAACAGCUGACUCCCCGGGAGAAGCCUUUGAGGAGAGCGCUGAGGUGCUGUCACCCCGUUUCGCAGGUUGGAACGAGGGGCCGCCCUGGCCGUCCUGCUCGAAAGUGGCCGGACUGGACUCUGAAGGGAGGUUGCGCUUCCUCACGUCUCUGUGACCGUCUCCUUGAGACGUGGAGAGCCGCUGCCGGCGGACGGGCGUCUGCAGUGGUUCUGCGCGCUCCUCUGGAGGACGCAGGCGUCCGGCCCUAGUGCGUGCGUCCAGGGCUCGCCAGGCGCUCCCACUGCCUCCCCUGCCUCCGUUGGGGCGGGGUGUUCUGCUGGUGAACGCGGCCUGUGGGCAGGUAGGAGCAGACCUGUGCGGGCCCCCAGGACAAGGACGCCUGCUGCUCUAGCUUUCUGCCGGCCGGGCUGUGGCCUGCACCGGGAGGCUGGCCAUCCCGGGGAAUGCGUUCCGGUCCAGCCCGUCCUGAAACACAGGGUUCUCUCACCUGAGUGUGGAAACGCACCUCCUGGGAGCUGGGGCCCCGGGGGCCGUGAGUCAUCAGCUCGGUUCAGUCAUCCGUUCUUCCUGCGUCUCGUGAGGGCAAAGGGCAUUUCCCCGUCCGCUCCUGGACACGCCUGGCCCUCUGCCCGGCCUACGGCGCCAGCGGAGUCAGUUACACCUGGAACGUGGACGUGACGCGGGGCGGCCGCCCAGGUGGUCUCAGUCGCUCGGCUGUAAUUGAAAGUUUCCCCUGGAGGUUGAGGGUCCUGUGGGCCUGCGGACUCCGUAUGGGACAGAGGGUGUCCCGAGCGCUUACCGUGAGGGUGUGACGGGGAAGCAUGGCCCUGGGCAGGUGUGGGUUCACCUUGCGGCCCGUGGGGUCCCUGCGGCCUCUGUGAGCCUCACUGUCCCGUGUGCUUGGGAGGGCUCUGGGUCCAGGAGCGCCGAGGGCCGGGUGAGGAGACUGCGGCUGCCCAGUCGUACAGCGCAGGAGCCUGGGGCACGGACGUGGAGCUGGAGUCUGCGUCUGCUUCCCGGCCCCAACCUUGUCCUGGGGCUCGUCGGGGAGGUGCUGCCCGCAGGUAGUGGGAGGCAGUGCUGAGCGUUCCUGGCGUCUUCAGCAGCACCUCCGUCGUCUGGUCUGUGCUCACGUGGAGAGGCUGAGGUCUGGCACAGCAGCUCCUGACCUUGGGCCAGUGGCGUGGACUGUUUGAGACUCUCGUCCUUAGUGAGAUACGGUUACAGAAUGUCCGAAGGUGACAGUGUUGGAGAUUCGGUCCAUGGGAAACCUUCCGUGGUGUACAGAUUUUUCACGAGACUCGGACAGAUCUAUCAGUCCUGGCUCGACAAGUCCACGCCGUACACCGCCGUGCGAUGGCUGGUGACGCUGGGCCUGAGCUUCGUCUACAUGAUUCGAGUUUACCUGCUGCAGGGUUGGUACAUCGUGACCUACGCCUUGGGGAUCUACCACCUCAAUCUUUUCAUAGCCUUCCUCUCUCCCAAAGUGGACCCUUCCCUGAUGGAGGACUCAGAUGACGGCCCCUCAUUACCAACCAAACAGAAUGAGGAGUUCCGGCCCUUCAUUCGGAGGCUUCCAGAGUUUAAAUUUUGGCACGCGGCGACCAAGGGCAUCCUCGUGGCCAUGGCCUGCACCUUCUUUGAGGCGUUCAACGUGCCGGUGUUCUGGCCCAUCCUGGUGAUGUACUUCUUCAUGCUUUUCUGCAUCACCAUGAAGAGGCAAAUAAAGCACAUGAUAAAGUACCGGUACAUCCCGUUCACGCACGGCAAGAGGACGUACAAGGGGAAGGAUGACGCGGGCAAGACGUUCGCGAGCUAGACGCCCGGCCGGACCGCCGGGGCCCGAGGACGGUUCUGAGCCGUUUUAACAAUGCCUUCUUCCUGCACAUAAAGUACUUGGUUUCGAGGGAGUCGAAUUUUCUUUUUAAAAAGGAGCUUCAAUUAUCUGUAACUGAAAUAUCAGGUUCUUGAAGAAACUGACAUUUAA